UAGUGCUACCUUAUAUUCAUUUCAUACACAACACAUUUCUCUUCAGUCUCCUAGUUACAAAAUUCCAAAAUGAGUCCAAAUUCACGGCGUUGCCUUAUAUUGCUUUUCAUCGCGGUAUCUUUCCUAGCGCUCCGGCUAGCAGAUAACUUUAUAAAACAUAAGGAGCCAGCCAUUCUGGCAUCGUACAGCCAAGAGAUCCAGGAGAUCCAAGACGACUUGGUUCAUCUGGCAGAUAGUUGCACCAUAGAGAAACUGAUGGUCGACGAAUCCGAGGAGUAUCUGCAGAUCAGUUGCCAUGUGGAUGAUCUGCCAGAGGGCUAUGUGCGGAGGCUGAAGCCCGUCGAUCAUGGCCGGAGUUUCUUCCUGAACCAGCGCAUUCCGAAGCCCUUGAAGCGCCAGUGGAAUUUCCGAGUGCCCACAGAGGCCGUGAAUGGACUCAGUGCGCUGACUUGAUUGAUUCGACGACUCCACUAGACUGAUAAAGAAAAUGUCAAAAGCGAGCUUAUCACUU